GCCACUGAACCAGUGACAAGCUGGGGGAAAUGACACUGUCUAGUAGUUGGAGGUCAGCCAGCCCCUUGCGUUAUUCUCAAACCCUAACCACAUGGCUGGACAUUCCUGAUAUGCAUUCCUAAACCUCUGCUGCUGAGAAUAAUUGGACCUGCCAUCUAUUCCCAGUUUAACUACCCUGUAUACCAAACAAAUCCAAUUCGAGCCAACAGGCAAAGUAUAGGCUCAGACAGAGUCCAUCCUGUGUACGAGGUGGUGAGCAGGGGUGGAAAAUCUCACUGUGACUCAUCCAGCUGAUUUCUGGGCUGAACCCACUGACCUCACAGGGGCUGUUAGAAUACUGUUUACAAAGAUUUCCAGCACAUAGAAGAUUCCUCCAUGGAUGCUGGCGGGCCUGCCGUGAUAUAAAGUGGAAGAAGCACCAUCAAGAUCUUCAAGGAGCACAGUAGCUGAUGCCCCUCCCUUGGCAGCUGUGUUGGCCCUGGCAUCAUGGACAAUAGAAACACCCAGAUGUACACAGAGGGUAGAAUCAAGGUUCCAGGGACCCAGCCAAGCCCUGGCCUGAGGAUCACCAUAAAGCGGGCUGGUGUUGAACCUACCAUACCAGGAGUCAGCCAGGUCAUGUUUCCAGAUGCUUCGGAAGUGGGCAGCAGGAAGCAGCUCUCAUCAGCUUCAGGAGGGCCAGAGAAGGGGCCCAGAUACAGAGACACAUUCAAGGAGGGGCCUUCAGAGCUCAGGACACAGGAGCAGAGGCCUCCAGCAAAACCAGGGAAGAAGCAGUCCUCUUGGGUCCCCCAGGAAGGGUCCCAGGAGCUGCAAGCAGGCCAGGAUCAGAGUGAGCUAGGGUUGCUGCCUUCCUGGGUUCCUGAAGGACCUGAAGGGCUGCAGCAGCUGGGCUCCGGAAAGGAGAUCGAGGGCCAGCAGAGGAGGCAACGGAACCGGGGAACCGGGGAGGAUGAGCCUCCUGAGAGCUGCCAGGGCCCCGGAUAUCAAUGCACCCUCGGUCACCAGGCAGACGUGGUGCAGCCAGCAGAGCCUUGCUGCCCCUUGGCCGGCCGUGGCCAGCCACUGGGAGACAAGCGCCCCAAGGAGGCAGAUGUCCCACACAUCAGGCCACAGGAGGCUCCGCCAGAGCCCAGCCCAGGGGGACAUGGGGACAGCUCUCAGGAAGCAAUGCCCCCAACGUCCACGGUGGCUCCAGAGGAAAAGACAGCUAGCUCCUUCCUGCCAUCCAUGCCUGGACCUACAAAAACAAAAGGAGGGGGUGAGGCUGUGGAGACCCAGCCAGCACCGGGGCCUCUUCCUCCACCAGAGGUGAGGGACAUUGGAGAGAGGCGGGAGCCGGACCGUGUGCAGCAGCAGCCUCAGAAGCCCGUGGUGGCUGCAGGGACACAGAACCUCAGGAAAUUCCGUCAGGGCUUCAUGAAGUGCUUGCUGGAGGUGGAGAAAGUGGAAGCCUCCCAUCGGAGAGCCUUGAAGGCCCGGUCCCUGACAGCCCAGAAGUCCCCCAGGACCCUGACCCCAGUGCCCACCUCAUCCCCAAGCCUGCCUCAGACCCCUGCCUCGGCCCCUGCCAGUGGCCCAUCGUGGGCCAGGCUGUCAGCUCCUGGGCCAGAGCCUGCCCCUGUGGGAGCCCCGGUCCCCACCUCCACGCCUUGCCCUGUCCUGCUGUGCCCUGCCCUGGACCUGGGCUGGAGAAGGAUGGAGCUCUCGCACCACAGCAGCGAGAGAACCCUGAGCUACGCCAAGGCACGGCAGGAGCCGGAAGAGCAGAGCCUCCAAAAGCUGUAUCAAAACCGGGAAAAGUCCGAGGAGCAACUGACCCUGAAGCAAGAGGAAGCCUUCCGCAGCUACUUUGAGAUCUUCAAUGGCCCUGGUGAGGUGGAUGCACAGAGCCUGAAGAACAUCCUGCUCCUAAUGGGCUUCUCUGUGACGCCAGCCCAGGUGGAGGACGCCCUGAUGAGUGCUGAUGUCAAUGGAGACGGUCAUGUGGAUUUCAAAGACUUCUUGGCUGUGAUGACAGACACCAGGCGCUUCUUCUGCUCUGUGGAACAGAAUGCCCUGACGGACAUGGCUCCCCACAACCCCCACACUCUACUCUUUGAGAUCCUGUCCCUGCUGGUAGAGAUGCUGGCCUUACCAGAGGCAGUCUUAGAGGAAAUCACAAACUACUACCAGAAAAAGCUGAAGGCAGGCACCUGCAAGGCCCAGGAGAUGGAAGCGGCCAUAGGCCGGCUGCGGUUGCAGAAGCAGCUUCCCUAUAACCCCCAGCAAGAAGAGAGCUCAGAAGUCCCAGAACGAAAGGUCCUCAGUAUCCUCAGCCGGCUGAAGCAGCAGAACUAUGCUCCCAACCUGCAGAGCCCCUAUGCCCAGGUGCCCUGCAUCCCGCUCUGCCCACGGAUGGACAAGAAGAUGGUCCGCAGGAAGCCAACCAACCACUACGUGCAAGACCAGUGCACAACCCCUGGCCUGGCUCCUGACAUCCGUAGCCCCUUCUUCCAGUCACGAUCUCAAGGAAACAGGGAACACAACUCUGACAGCAGAAAGUGGCCCAGCUCUGUGCCUUCUCGAACCCACUGACCCUCUGGAGGCCUGACUCUGGACAGUUGCUCAAGGCCUGCAGACAGAUGGGCCACCAGACAGGAGCUGCUGCUGGAAUUUGCUUUUGUGGCCUGGUAAGCUAAUAAAUACCAAUAACUUCA